AUGAAAGAUCUUGCAAAGACAAAAUUAUGCCUUGGUUUGCAAAUUGAACAUUUGACAAAUGAUAUCUUUGUCCAUCAAUCUGCCUAUACAGCAAAAGUGUUGAAACGAUUUUAUAUGGAUGAAGCACAUCCAUUAAGUACUCCGAUGGUUGUUCGAUCAUUUGGUAUGAAUAAGAAUCCGUUCCGACCUCAAGACAAGGAUGAGGAAAUUUUGGGUCCUGAAGUACCAUACCUUAGUGCAAUUGGUGCGCUAAUGUAUCUUGCUAAUACCACAAGGCCUGACAUAGCAUUUUCAAUUAAUGUGCUAGCAAGAUAUAGUGCUCCUACAAGGAGACACUGGAACGGAAUUAUACACAUAUUGCGGUAUCUAAAAGGGACUAUCGAUUUGGGCUUAUUUUAUUCUAACAAUUGCAGUCCCGAUCUUGUUGGUUAUGCCGAUGCAGGGUAUUUAUCUGACCCACACAAAGCUAGAUCUCAAACAGGCUAUGUGUUUAUAUGUGGGGGUGCUGCCAUAUCUUGGCGAUCUACAAAGCAGUCUAUUGUGGCUACCUCAUCAAAUCAUGCUGAAAUAAUAGCUAUUCAUGAAACAAGCCGAGAAGCUGUGUGGCUGAGGUCAAUGAUACAUCUCAUUCGAUAA